AUGGCUACACGACAGGAGGGUACGAACAACCUAGCUCCUGUGUUGUUCCGUUCAUACGAAAACCCGCUUGAGAAGUCCGAAUUUGCCGGGCAUCAAGCUCUGGGAGGCCGCUCGGGCAACUUCAGCGGCACCCAUUGGACGGAGGAUGAAGCGGGGAACUGGACGUGGAAGCAACUUGAGACGCGCGUUGAGGGCGGUGUUGCUGAGAUGGAUGAUAUCACUGCCAUUGAUGCCACCAAGGAGCAGGCCAAAAAGUACAUUGCGCUGGCUGGGGCACAGAAGGUGAUUGAGGAAUGUGCAGAGGUAUUGCGAGAAGAACUUUGA